AUGGAGGGGCAAGACCAGGAAGCCCGUGCUGGGUCGCGCGAGGGUAUACUGGGACCGCUCCACCCCAAUCUAGAUCCUCCAGCCAUUCCUGGGCGGGCCAGGCGCACCACCCGGCUGCCGUCCGGGAGAUCAGGCCGCCAUCUCGUCAACGAUAUCGUCCCUGAACAGCGCGCUCGCCGCGGCUCAGUCGAGCGCGUCACAGCUGUGCAGAGGGGGGUCGCGGAUGCACAAGCUAGCGCCAAGGCCGCGCAGGCAACUGCCGAUGCGCUGGCGGCGGAAGCAUCGAGGACAAAGGCUGAGGCCGAGUCUCGAGUGCAGCAGGCCAAUAACUCAACGGUGCCUGAGACUCAGGCCGCGGCCGGCAUCGUCGUUGCGGCCGUGGGAACGGCGAUCUUGUGCUUUAUAGGAUUUUGGCUGUUCAUGCGACACAAGCGCUCGCGAAGGGAGAGUCAGCUGGACACGGCUGGCGGCGCCGCACAGAUGGCCGAGGCCGGCGAAUCCCAGCAGAGGAUUACAUCUGAGGAGGCGAAAUGGGGCAUUAUGGAGGCGGCCAUGGACCCCAACGCCAGCGGCCCAGCGAGCAAUCUGAGCAGUCGCGAUGAGCCCCAAGCAGCACCUGCUGGCGGGAGAACGGCUGCUGCCGCUGUCACUGCCACUACCAUGCCCUCUCUGAUAGUGCAGUCGGCUCGCGCGUCCAGCCCAGCAACGGCAACCGACGGAGGCCUCAGCACAGGCGCCAUCACGGCGACGCUCCCGUCGACUCGACACAGCGAGCCACCGGUGUUUGUUGGGUACGCAAGCAGCGAAAUGCCGUCGCAAGGAGCGACCGCUACACGGCCGUCCACGGUAAACCCGCUGGUGGUGCCGGGGGCAGCCGACAACCAAGACUCGGCAUCCAAGGCUCCCUUCUUCCAGCAACGACUAGGAAGAAUGGAGGAGGGGCGUAGGCGCGCCGCCACUCGUGGUGACAUCAGGCAAUCGUGGGAGUCGGGGGCCGUCAGCCCAAUCGCGUGCGACUCAGCGGUGGAUGUGAGCAGCCUGCCGAGCGCGUCACAGGCGACGAAGAAAAACAGGCGAGACUCCAGCUGGCCAUUUGUUACGGCGGGAAAGGAUAACGAGAGGUCUGGUUGA